AUGGAGAAACUGGUACUGGCACUACUACAUGCCUUCAGAAGGUUGCGCCGAUACUUCACAGGCCAUGUCAUCACUGUACUCACCAACUUCCACAUUGGGACGAUAUUGCAGAAACCAGAGACAUCUGGGCGAUUAGCAAAGUGGGCGAUCGAGCUGGGGAGCCACAACAUUUUGUACAGGCCGCGCCCAGCCAUUAAAGGUCAAGUCCUCGCAGACUUUAUCACAGAAGUCCCAGCAGAAAAAAUCAAAGACUGCGAGAUUGUCGAAUCUCCCAUGAAAGAUACAGCCGAUGAGUUAUGGUUGUUAUACACAGAUGGGGCCUCAAACGAGGACGGCGCAGGAGCCGGAUUGCGCCUUGUGAGCCCUGAAAAACAUGAAUUUACGUACGCCAUCAGGUUGGAUUUUAAGAAUACCAACAACGAAGCAGAGUACGAGGCAUUUCUGGCAGGCUUACGCCUCGCCAUAAAAAUGGGAGCUAAAAAUCUGCAAGCGCACGUUGAUUCACUUUUGAUCGCCAGUCAAGUCAACGGAAUCUAUGAUGCAAAAGGCGACGUUAUGGCUUUAUAUUUGGAUCAGGCAAAAGAGCUGCUUCAGAAAUUCAAGUCAUACAAGGAGGUAAGGAUUGAAGUACUCAAAAACCCAUCAGUCCUGCUGCGCCAGGUAAAUGUGAUCGGAAUAGGGCAGCCAUCCUGGAUGACCCCUAUAAUCCAGUAUCUGCAGGAAGGGAUACUCCCGGAGAACAAAGCAGAGGCAAGAAAGAUUCAAAACAAGGCCCUGCAUUAUGAGAUGAAUGGUGGUAUCCUAUACCGAAAGUCCUUCUUGGGGCCCUUAUUGCGCUGCGUGGACCCCCAAGACGCGAAUUACUUGAUCAGAGAGAUCCAUGAAGGGAUCUGUGGCAUCCAUGCAGGACCACGCAUGGUUGUCGUGAAGAUUAUGAAUGCUGGAUAUUAUUGGCCAGGGAUACAUGUCGACGCCCUGAAAGAGCUGCGCAAAUGCGAAUCUUGUCAGCGGCAUUCUCCAAAGACCCUGCGCCCAAAAAAUGAUCUUAUCCCAGUAUCCACUGCUUGGUCUUUUCAACAGUGGGGGAUUGAUAUGGUGGGACCUUUCCCAGACGCUCCGGGAGCCGUGAAAUUUAUAAUCGUGGCUAUUGACUAUUUCACCAAGUGGGUGGAGGCCAAAGCCCUCGCUUCAACCACCGCAAUGAUGGUGUGCAAGUUUAUCUGGGAGCACAUCAUCUGCAGAUUUGGUCUUCCACUCAGAAUCGUCACAGACAACGGUACCAAUUUUGCUUAUGAGGAUCUCCAAAAUUGGAUGAAGGAAAUGAAUAUCGAGCAUACCUUCUCAUCCGUUGCGCAUCCUCAAGGCAACGGUCAAGUGGAAAGCGUCAACAAAAGUAACGUCGAGGGGAUAAAAGCCCGACUGGGCACAAAGAGAAGGGGCUGGAUCGAUGAAGGUAUAUUGUAUAUGAUUGAGUAA